AUGUGCAUCCUGAAGCUGCAAGUAUUUCUCAUCGUGCUCUCUGUUGCAUUAAACCAUCUGAAAGCUACACCCAUUGAAAGUCAUCAGGUGGAAAAGCGGAAAUGCAACACUGCCACGUGUGCAACGCAGCGCCUGGCAAAUUUUUUAGUUCGUUCCAGCAACAACUUUGGCGCCAUUCUCUCAUCUACCAACGUGGGAUCCAAUACAUAUGGCAAGAGGAAUGCAGUAGAGGUUUUAAAGAGAGAGCCGCUGAAUUAG